UGAGCGGGUUCUGCAGACUUAUAAACUCAGAUCUCUGCACAAACUCCAUUAACUGAGAUCGUUUUCUGUGAUACCGCAUUGGGAGGUCAGUAUGGACCCAAUGGUCAUUGAAGUUAAUGGCAUUCCAGAUAUACCUCCUCACAACCAAAUGGUUGACCAGUUGAAGAUUCACUUCAUGAAGCGCAGCAACAAUGGGGGCGAUGUUCUAAUGGUGAUUUAUCCGACUUCUACUUCAGGCCAGGCGUAUGUCAUCUUUGAAUCAGAUGAAGUUCCCGGAGUCCUGGAGAGCAAGCAUUUUUUGGAGACAGACAGCAAAUUCUAUCCAAUUCGAGUCAAGAACUCUCAUCUGUCCAAGGUCGACAUGCAGGUUGAGGCCAUGCUGGACUUAAGAGUGUUCCAAAGACCUGAAGAAGUUGAAAAGCUUGUUACCUUACAUGACUUUGAGAUCCGGCUUUCAGAAUAAAGGAACCUGCAACAUAAUGCAUAACGAAAUGAGAGGUCUGGUCGCUGAUGAGCCUCGUCUACACAUCUGGAGGCCUGAUAUCGGAGCAGGAAGAGCUGUUUUCCCUUCCAAAA